UUCAAGAAACAAUGAAUGGUUGCUGAGAUGAGCGAAGUGUUGAUGACCCGUUCCUCAGAUAUGGAUGAUGAAAACAAUGUUAAUCCAAUCACUUCUGUGAUUAUUGUUGCUGAUAAAAAUCGAUGUCCACGUCGAUUCACUCCGAUUACAAAAACGUUCGACGAACAGAAUGAUGCUGAUUUGUGGAGGGAAAGUUCAUUCACUUUUUUUAGUCGACCUGUACGAUAUUUGGCAGUCAGUAGAGACACUCCUCAAAACACAGUUAGUACACAUGUUGUGACCGAUUUAUGUGUCGUAAAGGACUCCGAUCCAAUUCCCAUGGGUUUUAUCGCCAUCGAUUAUACAGCCGACUCAAAGGAAAAAGCUUUACGUAAAAAAUAUCUUUGUGUGCGUACAGUGGCUCGAGAUGCUGUUGUUGAUGCUGUUGGAGAAAUAGUGCUGUUAAGUAAGAUGAGAAAGCCACCCAAGAAUUAUUCCUGUGCUGGUGAAGUAGAUGGUAUUUUGGUAUGCUUCAAGCAUAUUGUAAUCCCAUCAUCAUUUGGUGUUACAAUACCUCGUAGCAGAUCCACAACUUCUGUAUUAUAUCCAUCCGUCAGGACUAAUGAGUUUCGACAUUCCAGUCCUACGCUGGACAAAACAAAGAUGACUAGCGUUACAGCAAAUGCAUUGACUAUAAAAGCGGGUGUGAAACGAGGUGUGGAGGAUGUUCCUUUCAGACUGAACCCCCAGGUUGAAAGCAUCAUGGCUAGAGAUAAGUUGGAGAUGUUACCAGAAUUAAAGAAAUGCGAUUCUGAACAAUUGGACCGUGAUUACUGUUAUUACUUUACUCUAGAACGGGCAAUGCUUUCUAAUUCUUGAUUCUUGAUGGUAUGGUUUUUACAUAUUGCUGUUAAUUUCAUUGUUAAGAUAUUUGCACGCCUCAUCAUUGAAAUUACAGAAGAAGAAACUAGUCGGUAAGUGUCAGCGCGAUUGUAGCUCAAUUUCAGUACAUUUCUGCGCCAUACAGGAUUCUGCCCUGUGUUUUAAUGGCGAAAUUUAAAGCCUUCUUGACUCUUUUCUUCUUUCAUAACAAUUUUCUCCUUCAGCUUGACCCUUGAAUUUUGAAAUUAUUCGUGAGACUCACGAGACACUAGUCUUUCCUGGGAUUUGUUGGAAGUCGUUGUUUUCCUGACCUGUUUUGUUUUAAUAUCACCUUUACGAGCUGUCUAUUGGUAAUUUUUUUUU